GCCGAGCACCUUAUUAAUCGGCAGCUGUUUGUUUAAUUUCUAGUGCAAGGCGGUUCCCCUAUUUCUAAUUUUUUUUUUCAAGACAUCCUCCAGAAAUGACAAUGCUGUAUUGGUCAGCGCUACUGCUGCUAGUCCUCAUAAAGCCUUCGCUUCAAUUCAGCGACGUUUUUGACGAAGAACUGGUAAUAAAGCCUCUCCCGGAUGGAUUCGUGUACAGCUACUUUCAGUUCACCACCCGAUGGGAGCUCACUCGGAACGACAGCCUUCUGCACACCCACCUGGUGUCCCGCUCGCUGGCGGAACUAUUCUUCCACUACGACAUCAGCGAGCUGCAUCUCAGUUUCACCAACGGCGUUUGGCGGUAUGAAAAUUGGGGUUUUCCGGUCCUAAAUGCCGGACCGGGUGCGGAGGUAUGGGCCUGGUUUGAUCCACCGGCCAACGAUGCCGAGGUGGAUCACAAAUGGAAGCUACUGUGUGGUACCCUGUCCGGACUGUUUUGCGCUUCGCUGAGUUUCGUCGACCGAAGUAAUACCUUUCGGCCGGAAUAUUCCUUGCGACCGCUUACCCACCGGUUUGCCGGUCAAGCGGAACCGAAAAUUCGUUAUGCGGCGCUGCCGCGAGAGAUAGUUUGUACGGAGAAUUUGACGCCUUGGAAAAAGUUGCUUCCGUGCAAGUCGGGUGAGGGAUUCGCUUCAUUGUUGACACCGGAUCAUGUCUAUUCGGGAAAUUACCAUUCGUUAGCGCUACAUAUAAGGAAAUUGUGUGCGGACAGGGAGUGCAACGAGUUUCAGCUUGAGAUACGGCAAAGUUUGAGUUUGGUCCAAGAUCAGCGGUUGUUCGGCGGAAAGGAUUGGUCCAUUCGGAAACUGUUCGGACAGGGAAUGGAGGGUGCUUGUGUUUUGUCCAGUACCAGCAAACUCUACGUCGAUGUCACGGAUAAGGAAUAUGAUAUGACCCAACCACCGACGAAUAUAAUUCAAUCUACCCGUGGAGGAGCGAGUUCCAUUUUUUACGAGUACGACAUCAAAGAGUUCGAAAAAACGCAGCGUAUGUUCAAUGUGGCUGCUAUCGAUAAAAAGGAUCCGUUAUUUAUAACCUUACCGCAAGCUCCGCCAAUCUAUUCCAAGCGGUUCAUUUCUGGCGUGGGACAGGAGCGGGGACGUAUCGUGACCCGUAUCACAAACACUCAUUGGACCGAUUUGAAUCUGCUAAUUUUUGAAAACAUUCCAUGGUUUGUACCUGUUUAUUUACAUACUCUGAAAAUCCAGAAAGGAGAGCAUAAAAUAGUUCCCAAGUUGAUCAAAUAUAUGCCCGGCCGUCUGCGGGAGCGGCCCACCCUGCUAGAGUUAGCCGUCACAAUCCCAGCUCGUUCGACCAUCGAAAUGUCCAUCGAUUUCGAUUACAUAUUUCUCAAGUGGCAAGAGUACCCACCGGAUGCCAGCCACGGUCACUAUCUGCAGCCGUCCAUUAUAUCCGUACUAUUACCGGUGGGUCGAAAUUACACCUCACUGCCCCGGGAAGCGGCUCUCGUGCGAGAUGCCUUUAAUGCGACCCAGCCGCACGGAUAUUUCCUACAGCUUCGAACGGAAGCUCUGCUGCUGACGUUACCCAUUCCGGAUUUCAGCAUGCCGUACAAUGUGAUCUGUUUGGCGUGUACCGUGGUCGCGUUGGCCUUCGGUCCGAUUCAUAACAUUUCAACGAAAAAAAUCGUUGCCAAGAGUAAGGACGCGGACAAACCGAAACUGACGGAGAAGAUACGGGGUUGGUUCGGGAGGAGAAAGACCAAAAAGAACGAGCAAGUCGUAGACGGUGGUGAUGAUAAGACUGACGUAGCCAAGGGAGAAGCAGUUGUGAAGCUUAAUACCAAAUAGGAUAGUGAGUUGAUUCUAAGUCAUGUCAGCUGAAAUAAAAAGG